AUGGUGGCGUCCAAUGAAUCUACGAGCCCCAAACUGGACGAGCUGCGCACCCUGCUGAGCAAGGCCCAGGACGGGGAGGGCGUGGCUGCCUUCAUCAUCCCCACCGAGGACGCCCACAUGGGGGAGUAUCCGCCCGACUGCGACGCGCGGCGCGUCUUCGUCACCGGCUUCACUGGCUCAGCGGGCACGGCCGUGGUGACCUCAGACGCCGCUCUGCUCUGGACGGACGGGCGCUACUUCCUGCAGGCGGAGUCGCAGCUGGAGAGCGGCUGGACGCUGAUGAAGCAUGGCACCCCCGGCUGCCCCGAGAUCGAGGACUGGCUGGCCGAGAACGUACCCGAGGGCUCCGCCGUCGGGUACGACCCCUGGCUGCACACGGUGGCGGCCGCGGAGAAGCUGGAGGCGGCCCUGACGGAGGGCGGGCGCCGGCUGUGGGCGGGCGUGGCGGCCGCCGAGAAGCUGGCCGACCUCCGGCGCGCCAUGGCCGCGCUCCGCGCCUCGGCCCUCCUGGUCACCGCCCUGGACGAGGUGGCCUGGCUGCUCAACCUGCGCGGCGGCGACGUCGCACACAAUCCCGUCUUCAUCUCCUACUGCCUGGUCACGGCCGACGCCGCCACGCUGUUCGUGGACAGGGCCAAGCUGGGCGAGGCCGCGGGGGCCGCACUGCGCGAGGCCGGCGUCGGCGUGGCCGCCUACGAGGCGGAGAUGACGGCCGAUGAGAUCGCGUGGGUGGACGCCUACCACGCCAAGGUGCUGGCAGCGCUCACCCCACGCCUGUCGGGCAGGGAGCUGGAGUGGCUGAAGGAGGCCACGCUGCCGCUGUAG